GGAACUGCUGGAACGUACCACAAUUCCUUCCUAGGGCAAGGGGACAACCACGCCCCUUCUCUACACCUAGCACGUCGCGGAUUAUGAACAACCAACACCUGUGCUCCUUGAACAGGCCACCUCUCGAGUUCCGAGAAACAAAGGACCCCAAUUUCUGCCUCUUUUAGAGAAGUUAUCACCACCACCCCUGUUUUUCCAAGUUGGUUCGCUCCGUUGCCUUAGAAGCGGCCCCAAACGGACGCCUGGAAAGCGCUGGGGAGGUCCGUUGGUGUGGCAGUGGGGAAGCCUGCCUGAAUGAGUGAUAUGGAGUCUCCCAGUAUACUGGAAGAGAACUUGACUCCCCCUGAUUUAUGUUCCCUGGAAGAAGAAAAUGAAGAAGAGGAGGGGGAGGAGGAAGAAGAAGAAGAAGAAGAAGAAGAUGAUGAUGAUGAUGAAGAAAGCAUACUUGAAGAACUUGCAAAAGAGGAGGAAAUUUUGGAAGGACUGCUGGAAGAAGAGUACAAGGAGGAGAUCAACACUUUGGGCGGGAACAACACUUUGGAAAGCACUGCAGAGGACUUUAGUGGGCAAAGCAUGGAAGUCAACGUGUCCUCCAUCACCAAAAAGCCGAUGACCUACCACGACCGCGUCCGCAUCCUCAACCUGCGCAGGAAUCUGAACCAACUGGACAAACUGGCCAAGGAAAAGGAGAUGAUUUUUCGGAAAACCAGAGAGGAGCUGAACGCCUGCCAUGCCCGGAUUGAGAUGUUGGUGACUCAACAAAAGAAGACAGAGAGAGAAAUCCAGAGCGCAGAGGAGGCUGGGAAUACUGCUGUCGUGUUCCGCCUACAGGCAAUGCAUAGGCGCCUGUGUGGUGAGCUGGAAAAUGAAAAGGACCUGCAGUCCAAAAUUGCUGCGAUGCUCAACGAAAAUGUGCUGGAGUUGUGGAAGAUUGAAAUCGAACAAGGCAACUUCUCCGAUCUCCGCAAGGAGAUCACUCAGGACGAGGAAGAUCUGGAGGCACAGCGUCAAAAGCACGCGGAAGAGCGGCUCAAGAAACAGAAGGGCCGGACUCUUUUGUUGGGCCGAAGGUGGCUGAACACCGAGAGAAAAGUCCAGGAAGCGAAUGAGGAGUACGAGCAAGGCCUUCUGGACGCAUUGGAAGAGGACCAGAGGAACCACCAAAAAGCGGUCAGCUUCCUGAAGAAAAGUCUGGCAAGGGUUCAUGAGAAAGAAGCCGCCGAGGAAGCAAAACAGCAGGAACAUCUGCAAAGGAGGAUGGAGACGGUGAUCUCUCUGAAGACCCACAUCACUGCCAGUCGGGAGCACCUCCACACCCUCCAGGCGCAGGACAGAGCCAAAGCUCUGGAAGCCGAAGAGCAAGAGCAGAAAAUGUUGGAGCAGAUCCAGGCCGAAGGGCAUAAUGUCACCCGGGAAGCCUUUCUCCUGAAACGGCAGGCGGAGUUUGAGAAGCGGAAAAAGGAAUUCGAGGAGCAACAGAAAGCGCGGAAGCUCAAAAUUGUGGAGCGGAUUCUGAAAGAAGAAGCCCAGCAGGAGAAAAUCAAGAAGCUGUCCCGCUCACGGAGACCGAAACGGGAGAAGCCUUCCGACGCCGUGAAGUGGCGCGUGAGAACUUGGCAGUACAUAGCGAAGACGUGUGCCGGUUCAGCGGAAAGCGUGGCGCAGAAAUCUAGGCGCACCCCUUCGCCCUGUUCCUCAUUUGAAGGCAAAGGUGGCAGUUCAGAAGAUGUGACGGCUUCUUCCCCGCUGAUGGCCCCUGAAAGGCAAGACCGAGAAGAAGAGGAAGGGACUCUGGCCGAGCCGGAAUUUGUAGGAAUUUGGGAUCAAGAGUUCAACAUCUCUGACGAGGCCAUACCAGAUGACAGAACGGAUUCCAAACCGUUGGGGGCCACCAAACUGGAGAAGGAGAUUUACGCUCAAAACCUGGAGAAGCUGCGCCGUGGAUUUAUUCGCAAGCACAGGGUCUCUGGCCUCGAAUAUACGGGACGCCCUUUCUAUAGCAAGCCAAGCAUCAUCCAUUUCAAGGACUUUGAUAUUGGCAAAACGUAUAAAAAGAAGAUGGUUUUGAUCAAUGCCUUCUACAGCAUCAACUACUGCAAGCUGGGGGGCGUCAGCGAACACCUGAAGGAUUUUUUCACUGUCGACUUUGACCCGCCGGGCCCAAUGUCUUCCGGCAUGUCGUGCGAAGUCGGGGUGACCUUCAAGCCAAUGAUCAAUGAAGAACUGGAAGGCGAAAUUACAUUUUUAUCGCAGAUUGGGUCCUUUUCGAUCCCGCUAAAAUGUUCAACCAAGAAAUGUGUGCUGGCUCUAGAUAAAGAGCUCAUUGACUUUGGCACUCAUGUGGUGGGAGAGACAAUUUCACGGACCAUCACCUUGACGAACUGCGGAGCGCUGGGAACCCAAUUCCAGCUCCACCGGUCCGCCAGCAGCGACGCGGCGCACGCUACGGCGGCGAUGCCGUCCGCCGAGAGAGUGAUCCAUUCCACUUCGGAUCUUAAAUCCCCCGGUGAGAGAGGUAGCGGCAGCCAUAACCGAAUGGCAUCUGUGUUUGGCAAAGAAGCGGAUGACCUCAACCGUUCUGAAGAAGUGAUCCAGUUCACCACUCGGUCUGAAAGUGUUCCAGUCGUCGGCCAUUUUGAGCCUUUUGGUGCGAUGGUUUCCGAGUUCAAUCUACAUGGACAGAAUAUACCUACGUCUUUGACGACGAGUCCUCAGGAUCAUCCUUCUAGAGAAGACUCGGCUGAAAUUACGCUGGGCAAGGUUACAGAAGGCGAGAUUGGGCCCUUCAGCUCCGUCAAACUCCAGAUUAUUUUCACCCCAGUGAUUCCAGGAGCCGUUCGUACUGAAUUUGAGAUCACCUUUGACCACCCGGACUGCAAACCCUUACGUUUCAGCGUGGUUGCCGUUUCCUUGACCGUGCCGGUGUGGUUGCCUAAUCCAGACGUGGACCUCAAGAUCUGCAUGUAUGACAGGCUGUAUCAGGACUGCAUCGUUGUUCAAAGCAGGGCAACCAGUGCUCUGCGCUUGAAGUUCGACGUUUGCAAGGAACUAGCCAACCAUUUGGAACUCCUUCCCAAGACAGGCUACAUUCAAGCCCACUCCUUCUUCAGCGUGCAGCUCAAGUUCUUGCCGAGGCAGUCUCUUCCAGAAGAUGCAGGAAAAUACUUUGAUAAAAAGACCAGAGUCUUGCAGGUCCCAGUGACCAUUGUGGUUGCAGAUCAGAGUAAACCCGUCGAAUUUACUGUCCACGCCAUAGUCACGCCCUCGGAUGUGGAGAUCAGUCCGACGGAAAUCAAUUUUGGAUACUGCUCCAUCUACGAAGCUGUCCGGACAACCAUCACACUAACCAACAAAGCUAUCCUUCCCCAGGAGUUUGGCUUUGUAGGACUCCCUGAGGUUGUAGAAAUUCAGCCCAAUGAUGGCUUUGGAGUGCUCCUCCCCCUCGAGAGACUGGAGCUUGACAUAAUCUUCAAGGCCAACAAAGCUAAAGAGUACAGCUUCCAUCUGACCUGCAAGACCGAGAUAAAUCGACAAUUCAAGCUGUCGUGCAAAGCAGUUGGAGUCCACCCUCCGCUUGAGCUCUCGCACUCCCUGGUUCAGUUUUCCGCCACCGCACUCUUUGGCGUGUCGACAGCCACCGUCUUCGUGAUCAACUCGCACGUCAGCCUCAACCAGUUCACUCACGUCGUCCCAAGGAUUGGCAAGGGGGAGCUCGCCCCUGUGGGGCCCACUUCCUUCCAGUUCCUCGUGCCGGAAGAUUCUCCCAUAACUAUCUUGCCGUGUGUCGGAACUGUUCUGCCGGGGAAGAAAUGCAGGGUCGAGGUAUCCUUCCGUCCGGUGCUGUGCGAUCAGGUGAUCAGACUGGAGGCAGUUCACCUGCUGUGCCAGGCUGCGGAAGCCAAAAUGCUGAUGGAAAAAAAGAUCCGGGAAGCGGAACAGCAGAAAAAGAAGGAGGAGGUCAUAACUGGACGGAAAGAGUGGAAGAAACAGGGGAGUGGAUCUUUCCUUGGUCAAGUAUCCAAGGACAAAAGCAGUAGACAUUCCUUCAAGCAGUAUGAGCCGCCCAACGCAGAGGACAUACAGCCAGAUUCUGAAGAGUAUAUCACGGCACGUUUAUCUCUGAUUCGGACCUUCACUGAAAAAUUUGAGAAAUACGUGAUACCGUGCCUUGUUGCCAGUGGCAAUAUCAAUAAGAGAGGAGCAGAAGAUCUACAUUACAGUCCUUACAACACUCUGUACCUGGAGCUUCAUUGCCCUGCCGUGCCUCCCUCUAUCAUGGUGACUUCGAACAACGGGAAAACCACUUUCCACUUCGGAGAUGUCGCAGUAGGGCACCGAAUUAAGAAAGAAGUCCAGAUACAGAACAUCUUCCAGGAAGAACUGACUCUGAGUUAUUCCCUCCUGAAUCCCUAUGGACCCUUCCUGUUGGUAAAUCCCAUUAAAACACUCGGCGAAGGAGAAUCCCGAGUCCUUGUCAUUUCGUUCUGUCCGGAUGAGUGCGAACGGUACUUUGAAAUCUUGGAAAUCCGGAGCGAGAAAACAAUCCUGGCCCUCAUCUUGAUCGGCCAAGGGGUGCCUGUUUCAAUCAGCUGCUCGGUAGAGGGAGACGUGUUCAACAUGGGAUAUGUGGUUGCCAAGGAAAUGACCUCUGCCACCUUCAAGAUUGAGAACACCUCCGCUAUACCGCUGAAGUUCUCCAUGGUCCUGGAGUCCCUCUCGGCACGCAGACACAAAGACCAGCAGAAGCUUCCUCUUUUCCUUGAAUCUCAAGGGAAAACAGACGUGGUUGGUACACAGAACUACAGCGGCUCAAGUGUGUUCAGCGUCUCCCCCGUAGAAGGCACCAUUGGUCCGGGGAAGAGUCAGGAGAUCACCGUCACCUUCAGCCCUGAUCACGAGAGCCUGUAUUAUACAGACUGCCUCCAGAUUGUCCUCUUUGGCAAGGAAGUCAUCCGGGUGAUCCAGCUAAAAGCAAUGGCCAGGAGCCACAUCAUGUUUGUGGAAGGCGGUGACCCGUUGGAUGUGCCCAUCGAGUCGUUGACCACCACGGCGUCGGUGGCUGAAGAUAUGGCCACAGCAGAAAGCGACAGGGCCACAAAAUCCAUCCUCCUCAGCCUGGAAAGCAUCCAGUCGGAGACCUUCGUGAUCCCCGCUGUAAGGGAGCUGCGAGUCGGAGGGAUACGAGGCAGCUUCUGUGCAUCGAAGAAGAAUGUCGAAUUCAGCUGGGAAGGCCUCCAGCUCCUGCAGCUGAAAGGAUUCACCAUAGACCUAGUGAAAGGCGCUGUCGAGCGGGGACAAACGAAAACCAUCAACGUCUCUUGGGUGCCCCCCGCUGGCUCCGAUCCCAACCAGCCUGUGACGGGGUCAGCCACCCUACUGGUGAAAGGAGACAUCAAGGAAGUGUACAACAUCUACUUCAUGGGCAGGAUUGUGACCUGUGAGAGUGAGAACGGAGCUACCCAAAAGCAAAGCCCCCAAGCGUCCUCUUUGUAAGCCAGAUGGAGCAACACCCCUCAGGAGAUUCCAUCACCCCCAAGAGUCCCUCAGGACACCCAGAACUGAAGCAAGGGACCUCAGAUGUUUUACCUACAGACACAAACCCAGGCAAAAUAGGCAUGGAUUUCUUCAUAGUUGGAAACCAAGUGAAAUCUGUGGGUGGCACAGGGCAAAGUUUCUGGAUGUGAAGGGGAGACCUCCUUUCCAUACUGGCUCUCUGGAAACUAGUAGGGUUGCCUAUGAGUAGGUGGCUUAAGUUUUCCAGCUUAGCCUCAACUUGGUUUUCCGAGAAGGAGGCCCCGGAGCAUCUAAACUCCUAUGGCUCUAUGGCCAACCCACAUGUGACAUAGGAGCUCUGUGGUCAGAAUUCCUGGUUCUUUUUUCUGUUGAGUUUGAAGUAGCCAUUGCAGACUACAGUUCUGACCAGAGCCGUGGCAUGGCAGGAGAGGGAGUUAACCCUCCCCCACCCCUGCCAUGACAUUUUCUGUAUCUAAUCUGCCCUCCCUCCCUAAACCUCCUAUUGCGGGAGUUUUCAAACUUGGGUCCCUCCAGAUGUGGUUGGACUACACCUCCCAUCAUCCCCUGUCACUACAGUCCAAUGACAUCUGGGGACCCGAGUCUGAGAACCUUCUGGCCUCUUAGCCUGCAUGGGGGAGGGGGAGGGGGAGGGGAAUGAGCAGUAUCCUUCCUGUAUUUGCAGCUUCUGUCAGAGGAGGAUUCAGCACCAGCUGCGGAAAUGCUGAACCUGAAUCCUUAACACUGGACCUGACAGCCGAGAGCCCCGAGAGCACGUGUGGCCACCUUGGCUCUUCAGCUGUUGCUGGGCUACACCUCCCGUCACCUCCAGCUACAGUACAUUGUAGCGGGGGAUGAUGGGAGUUGUAGUUCAGCACAGCCGGAGAGCCAAGGUGGCCAACCCCUGCCCUAGAGCCUUGGACCCCUGAACUGGGAUCCUCGACAGCAGCAUCUGUUGAGCCUGAGUUUUUUCAAAGGCCUGUCCCUUUCCACAGCACGGGCCUUGAGUUCCCCACUGUUCACCACCGCAGGCAUCGCAUCAAGGGGGAAUUGAUGGCAGAGUGUUAGGCUCCAGGUUUGAGGACUUUCCCUUUUUAAGGCUCUCCAUUCCUAGGAAGGGGACAGAGCCCAGAUUCUGUUAACUAUCAGGCUUCUGUGGAGCACAGUCUCUACUCGGAGCUAUCCAAGGUGCUGAAACUCCAGCAGUGACUGCUGUGUUGACUUUCCGAUGGACCUCUUCAUUCCUUGUGGGCUCUCACUCAUGGUCAACAUAACAUAGCCUCUGCUCCACCAGUGCUGCUCUCCCCAUUAAAAUUGGGGGGGGGCACCCUGUUCCUUUAUAGCAUAUAUAUAUAUAUAAACUGAGAAAUUAGAUCACAGAUCUCCGAGACUGUGUGAGGUUUUGCCCUCAGCCUCAGGAUUAUCCAGGAUCGUUGCUUCCCCAAUAGUCUUCUAACUCUUGAAGAUGCUGGGCUGGGCGGGGCUUUUGUUGGGGUGGGGUCUGCAUUUGGCAAAAGAGUUGUGGCGCGGUGCAGGAUUAGACCCCAUGGAGCACAGCCAAAUGGUUAUGAACCUAAAUGUGCAAUUGUAGUAAGAAUAAUAAAAAACAGGUCAGUGUUCCAAA